UGGCGAUGAGGGGAAGAAAGCUCAAGAAGAUGCAACUACUCUGCUACAGCAUCCCCACAGAUCCCCGAGCUGAAGGAUGAUAGAGGUUUAGUGACAUGUUUGUAGUGCUGUAAUGAAUGGAAAGGGUGGCAAGAUUGCAGGAUAACUUCAGCUACAUGACUGAAACGGACUGAUCUGAAGUACUUUGGAUCUGAGCAUCACCUGGACUUUAUGUUUCCAUGACUGAGAAACUGCCACUGCCUGAAUCUCUGCAUUGUCGGACUGAGCUAUUGUUGUCUAUUUCAGGAUGUACUGUUGUCUCACAGAAAGGCAUCAAUCAAGAGGACAGUGGUCGCAAAUACUGUAAAAAUGGGUCCCCGCAUCCAGUACUGGAUUAUCCUCCUCAGUACCUCGUGCACCUGCUGAGACAUUGCAGAAAGCCAGCUUGCCUCACUACUGGGAUGGUGUGACAUCCAGCCACCUGCUGGCUGCCCCACAUCUGGGUCAACAUGCCUGUGAUGAAGGGCCUCCUGGCCCCACAGAACACCUUUCUGGACACCAUCGCCACACGCUUUGAUGGCACCCACAGUAAUUUCCUGCUGGGUAAUGCCCAGGGCCACCGGGGCUACCCCAUCGUUUACUGUUCUGAUGGGUUCUGUGAACUGACGGGCUUCACUCGUACCGAGGUGAUGCAGAAGAACUGCACCUGCGGCUUCUUGCAUGGCGCUGACACUUGCGAGCAUGUGGCCCAGCAGAUAGAGAAGGCUCUGGAGGGACGGGAGGAGUGCCGGGCCGAGGUCCACUUUUACAAGAAGAAUGGUGUGGCCUUCUGGUGUCUGUUGGACAUUGUGCCCAUAAAAAACGAAAAGGGCGAAAUGGUUCUCUUCCUCUUCUCAUUCAAGGACAUCACUGACACCUAUGGGAAGGGACACCACAGCAGCAAGAGGGAGGAAGACAACAGGUGCAGGAGGAAGAGCAGCUCUCACUUCCGUGAAGCCAGAAAACAUGGACGCACCAUGUUGUACCAGCUGACCAGCCAUUUCUCAAGAGGAAGCAAAGGAGAUGUCAACCUGAGUGGAACAAUGGUGGACAAGCCUUCUGUACCAGAGUACAAGGUGGCAGCAGUGCAGACGUCACGCUUCAUCCUGCUGCACUACAGCGUAUCGAAGGCCCUUUGGGACUGGCUCAUCCUGCUGGCUACCUUCUAUGUGGCUGUUACUGUACCUUAUAAUGUCAGCUUCUCUCCACACGAUGACUCCAUCCCUGCUUCUCGCUCCACCAUUGUCAGUGACAUCUUAGUGGAAAUGCUGUUCAUUACUGAUAUUAUCCUGAACUUUCGUACCACCUAUGUGAGCCAGUCGGGUCAGGUGGUGUAUGCGGCACAUUCCAUUUGCAUUCACUAUGUCACCACUUGGUUCUUUGUGGACCUGGUUGCUGCCUUGCCCUUUGACCUACUCUAUGCCUUCAACAUCACAGUGACCUCUUUAGUCCACCUGCUGAAGACGGUCCGUCUUCUACGUCUCCUUCGACUUCUUCAGAAGCUUGAUCGUUACUCUCAGUACAGCGCCAUGGUGCUGACCUUAUUGAUGUCUGUGUUCGCCCUGCUGGCGCACUGGAUGGCCUGCAUCUGGUAUAUGAUUGGUCGCAAAGAAAUAGAAACCAAUGAAACCUGGGAAAUAGGAUGGCUCCAUGAGCUGGGCAAACGUCUGGAGACUCCGUACAUCAACAGCACAGUGGGCGGCCCGACGGUUCGCAGCUCCUACAUCGCUGCUCUCUACUUCACCCUCAGCAGCCUGACCAGUGUGGGCUUCGGGAACGUCUGUGCCAACACCGAUGCCGAGAAGAUCUUCUCCAUCUGCACCAUGCUCAUUGGUGCUCUGAUGCACGCUGUCGUCUUUGGUAAUGUGACGGCCAUCAUCCAACGCAUGUACUCACGUCGUUCUCUCUACCAUACGCGUAUGAACGACCUGAAGGACUUUAUCCGUGUUCACCGUCUGCCCCAGCAGCUUAAACAGCGGAUGCUGGAGUACUUCCAGACCACAUGGUCUGUCAACAAUGGCAUAGAUGCCAACGAGCUACUGCAUGACUUCCCAGAUGAGCUCCGGGCCGACAUCGCCAUGCAUUUGAAUAAGGACAUCCUUCAGCUGCCAGUUUUUAAGGGGGCCAGUCGUGGCUGCCUGCGCUCACUCUCCCUCCACAUUAAGACCUCUUUCUGUGUACCUGGGGAGUACCUGAUCCGUCAGGGUGACGCUCUGCAUGCCAACUACUUUGUCUGCUCGGGUUCCCUGGAGGUGUUAAAGGACAGCAUGGUGCUGGCUAUAUUAGGAAAAGGGGACUUAAUCGGGUCCGACCUGCCUGGAACUGAGCAGGUGAUAAAGACAAAUGCGGAUGUGAAGGCACUCACCUAUUGUGAUCUCCAGUACAUUAGUGUGCGUGGCCUGAGAGAGGUGCUGGAACUCUACCAUGAGUAUGCCAACGUGUUCGCCACCGACAUCCACAACAACCUCACCUACAACCUACGCGAAGGCAGCCAGGACGAGGGCUUCAGCAGAUUCUGCAAGUCACCCAGACUUCCCCAUCAGUCACCAAAGCUCCCACCUAUUGUGGAGACAAAGACUGAUGACCCCGAUGACACCUUCCACCUUUCUCCGGCCACGCGCUCCCGACGCAAUCUCUUGCUGCCCAAUUUCACCAGCCCAGUCCGCCGUACCUCCCUGGGAAACCUGUUAGGGGACGAACUGCGGCAGUUCAAUGCCCUGCGACGUUGCCGUUCACCAAACCUCAGUCGAGGUUUCCUUGGCCAAAGCUUAUCCCCUCAGCCACCUUCAAAAAAAGAGCACAGCACUCCCUUAUCCACUCCAACUCAGGCUUCAACUUCAGCCAAGGGAGAGUCAGGAGCCAAGCAAAAACCUGCAAAGUUGCUUAUCCCAACAGUAACAUGUUUUCCACCACCGGACCUUAGUCCCAGGGUUGUUGAUGGCAUCGAAGACAACGGCCACACGUUCCACUUCACAGUGGAACACAGCAAACCUAACUCCAGAACAGGUGGCAUCACCCAAGAAAAGACUCAAACAAAUGCCUCUCUGCUGCAGGAGACGGAGGAGGUCAAGGAAAGCAUAGCUCAGCUAAAUCUUAAGGUGGGCACAUUAAACCAAGAAGUAUCAGAACUCACCAAAAGCCUUCACCACAUGCUGCAUAUCCUCCAGGCUCACAUAUCCAUGAAUCACCACCACAAAACCUUCCUUUCAAGUCCUCCCUCUGUUCAUACAGUGUCCAGCUCUCCCAUGGUCUCCAACACCUCCUCAGCUUACUGCCUUUAUACCAGUCCCCAGAGUUUCAAAGCCCAUGGCCAUCAAAGUGCACCAGCUGCUGUCCACUGGAGCUACAGCGAAACUGCUCAGUCUCAUACAGAAAGCCACCAGUCUCCCACACCACUCCCUAAUGCUUGUCUGCAACUUUCAGUAAACUCAUCAUCUAAGUUAGGUCCAUAUGAUGGCACUGAGAACAUGACUUUACCUGUAUGGACCAGCCCAUCUCUUCUUCAUAUCACUCCAGGCUACAGCGGUGGAAGUCCUGACCUAGCACGUCAUGCAAGUCGGGAUGAGUCCAGACCUCUUGGUGCUGCCCCAAUCUCCAUCAGUCAGUCCCAUCCCACAUUGUGUCUUCAGCCUUCCAGUGACCGUGAUGAAUUCUCCAGCCUUUUGUCUAGUGUUCCUGCAGGUACAUCCACACACAGCCUGAUGGACCCAGCAUCUGAAACCCCCAGUGAGGUUCUGAGUCACAAUCCAACCCAGCAAACCUCCAUCUUUCAGAUCCAUGACUCACGCUCCUCCCUCCCCCCUUCCUCUUCCUCACAACCCGCAUUACCCUCCCAGCCAUCCGUCUCCUCUCUGGAUUCAGGAUCACCACAGCUAAAUGUUUUAGCACCCUGUCUCACACUGGCCAACACCUCGGCUUCAGAGCACACCAGUUUGGAGUGUCUGCUGGGUAACAGGGGCUCUGUGGAAAGUAGGGACAGCGAGAGCGUGUCAUCACAAAGGUCCAGCAUCGGUGGUCAAACUCAGAGUACUGAGCAAUCAUGGUGCCUGGACCUCACUGACUGAAGCGUCCACAUUUAAGAGUCAGACUCAGCUACAUUGUCACUUUAUCAACGUGCAACGUCAUACAGUGUUUAAAACAUCUCUAACAGAUGGUUAAUCUGUGCUUUUUGUUAGCAUCCUAACUAUUGGGCUCCUGCAUUUGUCACUUUCUAUGCAACAGCAUGUUUUCGUGCAUUAUCUUGGCUUUACUGAAGUGUGUCUUUAAGAAAAGCUCCAUCAAAGGAGCUGCAGUAUAUGUUGCAUAUUUUUCCAGCAUCCUCAAACAUUUUGCCAUCUAUGAAACCUGUUACCUCUCUUGCAUGGUAAAAGUUGUUUAUUCUUUUUCCUAAGGAAAAGUGUGUAAGCAUUCUACAUUUCUACAUCUAUUAUUGAUUGUGUACACAAAUACUGUAUUUAUGCAGUAAGUGAGUCUGAGCUGUUGGAUAUUUUCAUAUAGAGAGAAACUGCAAUGGCAUGCCUCACUUUGCAUGUAUGAAUAAGUGCACUGCAUAGAUUGGCUGUUUUUUUUAUUCAAUGUCUUUCCUAAAUUCAGCGUUUUUAUUUGUGAAUCGCAACAUUUCGGACUGCUGUAUGUUCAAGCUCCACCAAACGUUUCACAUCACUUACGAACUGAACUUUGACUUUUUAUGCACCGCAGAUAAUCUGGAAAUUUAAAUGCAUAUUAUCCCACUUUUAUCUCACCAAUUUAGUACAGUGUAAAAAAUUUAAACUUUACCAGAUUUUCUUUAAUAAGCAUCUGAAACACAUGUCUGCUGAUAAUUAAAAAAUAAAUAUCCACUUUAAACUAGAACAUUUUAAAUGGUAUUAAUUUAUAAAACACAAAUGCCUCAGAGGGAAAUGCUAAUGUUCCUCAUACAUUAUUGAGAGUAUUCAGGAAUUUUAUUCUUUCUGAACCGUUUCUCCUUGGUUGUUAAAAUAAAACUUGUAACCGUU